GUUACAAGAUUUCAAAAAGAAAUCGGGGCUAUUCAACCAAACAGCUUCACUUUUCCAACAAUCACAAAUCUCUCUCUCUGCCUAUCCUCCAUCGCUGGCAAUUUUCAGACUCGUAGAACAAUUUUCAGUCUUCAAUUUCUAUCUGAGCUACGAUUCUACUGAAGCUUUGACUAGCAACAACUGAGAUGGAAGGUGAAGCAAGGAAGCGUUUGAAGCAUGCUAAGGAGGUGAACGAACAAGAGGUCAUAGAUGGAACAACUCUGGAGAUUGUAGAGAAGGACAAAACUGAGACGAACAUUGUGGGAUCUGAAGAGAUGGAACUUAACAUUGCUCACAUUUUUGAAAAGAUCGAACACUUCACCCAAAUGGUAUCUGAGUUGCAGGAAUCGGGAAAAGCAAUGUUCAAGGAAAUGAAGAAAGAAUUUGAAGAAGGCUUGAUUUCGAUACACGAGGAAGAGAUGGAGAAGUGGCAGGAGGAGAUCGAAGAACUGCGGUUGCUUGACGCCUAUCAAAUGAGGAAGCAAGUGGUAUUCUUCAUAAUGCUAGACAUGUACUCCAAAAUCCUCACAUUGACUCUUGAAGGUUUGGCUAGAAUAUUGUGCAUCAAGAAGGAUAAAUGAAUUUAAUCUUCCUUUGGUGUCAAAUGCAAGGAACCUGUAACAGUGUUAAAUGUGCACGAGGUGCACGCUUCGACAGGCUGGCCAAAACAGGCCCUGAGGGUGCUGGCAGCCAUGCCAA